CCCCGCGCACAAGAUGGCGGCGCAGGGCGGCGGGCGGUGAGCGAGGGGCGGCGGCGGCCGCGGGCCGACAUGACCUACACGGCCGAGCAGCUGGACGGGGUGCAGCGGAUCAAGCGGUGCCGGGAUUAUUACGAGAUCCUGGGCGUGAGCCGGGACGCCGGCGAGGAGGAGCUGAAGCGGGCGUACCGCAGGCUGGCCCUCAAGUUCCAUCCCGACAAGAACCGCGCGCCCGGAGCCACCGAGGCCUUCAAAGCAAUAGGCAAUGCUUUUGCAGUCCUGAGCAACCCUGAGAAGCGGCUCCGCUACGAUGAACUCGGGAGUGACCACGAGCACGUCAGCUCUGGCCAGGCCAGGCACUACAAUUACUACACUGAGUUCGAAGCAGACAUCACACCAGAAGAAAUAUUCAAUGUGUUUUUUGGUGGGCACUUCCCUACAGGGAACAUCCACAUGUUCUCCAAUGUAGCCAGAGAUGCUCACUACUACCCACGGAGGCACCGGGAGCGGGCGUGGACACAGGAGCCAGAGGAGGAGGAGCACAGGCCACAGAAUUCCUACUCUGCAUUUAUCCAGUUGAUGCCAGUUUUCAUCAUCAUAAUAGUGUCAGUUAUAACCCAGCUGAUGGCCACCAACCCACCCUACAGCUUAUUCUACAAAUCGUCCAUAGGCCACGUUGUGAGCAGAGAAACAGAGAACUUGCAGGUGCCUUACUAUGUUGAUAAAAACUUUGAAAAGAAUUAUCAAGGAGCAGAACUUCAAGAGCUUGAGAAAACAGUUGAGAAAGAUUACAUAGACUAUAUUCAGACCAGCUGCUGGAAGGAGAAACAGCAAAAGUCUGAUUUGUCCAAUUUGGCCAAGCUCUACAGAGAUGAGCGGUUAAAACAGAAAGCAGAGUCCCUGAAACUUGAGCACUGUGAGAAGCUCUCCAGUCUGAUUGGGAUGCACAAAGGGGGCUGACCAGGACGCACACGUUCCAUACUUUUUAUUUAUUGCUGGUUUAACUUAUGUUUUUAUUUUCCUCCAUGUGAAAAGGAAGGAGUCUGUUGUACAGAGUGUGGAUAUUGGAGUCCUUCUGCAGGCAGUGCAGAGAGGGGCUGGCGCAAGCUGCAGGGCUGCUGUUUGCUGUAAUAUAUCUUGUACAUUAGAUUUGGGUCCAAGGACCAGUGGCACUUUGUAAAUUCAUUCCCCAGGACACGCUCUGAGCUCAGACCCAGCUGCCUGGGUGGUUUGUCUGCCAUCCAGGCUGUGUGUGCUUCCCAGGAGAGCAGGCUCCCCUCUGCUUCCCGUGUUUCCUAUGGAUCUGCAGCUCCCUGGAUCCCUGGAGCUGUCUGUGCUCUGGUGUCACCUCCCCCUGUCCCUCCGGGCUGUGCCACAGAGCUGGGGUGGUUCCAGUGCAGGAGGGACAGUGGGAGGGACAGUCCCUGCCUGAGGGCAGCUCCAGAGCACAUUCCCAGCUCUCCCAUGCUGCUCCAAGGGAGGGCUGUGCCCAUCCUGACACCAGCAUGGGAGUCUGGGCAUUGCACCCAUUCCAGUGUCUGCCACCCUGCUGGGAAAGCAGAACUGUGGUCAUUCCCUCCUCUGUUUCCAGUGGCAUAUUUUGAAGCUGGCUAUUCCAUUCUAGUUUUUAUCUGCACACUCCCCCAGCUCUCCCAGGAUCCUGCAUUUUCUGGUACAGUUCUCAUGUAGCAUAUUUUUACUCUGUUGAGCAGCUAUGAAUGUUUCACUGUAGACAUGAUAUUGCAAAGAGAAAAAUUCACGUGGCAA